AUGGCAACGACAGCAGACUUCGUGGGGAGGAACUGCCCCCACUGCGGCGCCAUCGACAGCCUGGAGACGGACGAUGCACUUGGUGAAGUGGCGUGCACGGAGUGUGCCCUCGUGGUGGCGAUGGGGCUUGAGGAGAACGCCCUCACGCGGUACAACAAGGACGCCACGUAUGAUGAUGUUGACAAGCAUCGAGAGCGUGAAGACGCGAUGGCGUCCACGCUUCAUGCUCUUGCCGCGUCUGCGUCGACAACGGGGCCAUCUGGCAGGGAUGUGUUGCCCAAAGUCGCACUCCACCCGGCUAUGCUCAACUGCAUCCGCAGCCUGCAGAAGAAGUCUGCGGUGCCAGAGCAGGUGAUUGCUCGCGCUGUGAAUAUUGCGAAGCGGUUUGUUGCUGGUCGACGGGCACGGGGCCAGCGGGUGGAGAAGCAGCAGGAGGUUGCAGCGGCCUGCUUCAUGAUUGCAGCAGAACAGAUGAGCCACCCCGUGCCUAUGCUGGAGCUGCGCCACCUUGACCCCGCGAUUGGCAAUGUCGAGUACCGGCGGGCAGAAAUCGUUAAAGAGACCCGCAUGGAAGAGGAAGAGCUUCAGCUGAAGGCGGUCUACAUCGACAACCUCCUCACUGUCUACCUCCGCAAGCUUGGCCUCCAACUGUCCCUCUACAUGCCGCGCUGCAAGCGGAUUCUGGAGGCGUUGCAGCAGGUCGAUGCCCUCCGCAGCGCGGGGGUUGUGGAUAAAAUUAUCAUGGCGUUGCUGCUUGUACUCACCUCGCCGAGGUUUGAGGGGGAGGGAAAUCCCUCCCCGCCCACCGCCCGAAGCAGCGGGGUUGGUGGUGGCACCGAGACUGUCUACGCUAACUUCGCUGCCAAAGCUCACUUGGAUGUCGGCAAGGUAAAGAGAGUGAUGCAGGCCGCCACACAAAACUUGCAGGCGAUUGUGGAGGCGUUUGCUGCUGUGACGCCUUCUGCGAGUAGUGCACACACCACGGAGAAGAAGAAGAGGACUGAUGAUGAUAACAGCGAGAAUAACAUGAUGGCGCUCACGACCAAACGCAUGAAGCUGGAAAACUCCUAG